UCGACCUAGUCCCCAGCACAGAGCCGCCUCCCGCCAGCAGCGUCCCUGGAACCCGGAUCCCGCACACGGCGCUCAGGUCCCGGCCCGGCCCCGGAUCCCCGCCGCGUGCCUGGAGCGCGCCCCCGUCCCGGCCCCGGAUCCCCGCGCUCCCCCCGGUCCGGCCCCGGAUCCCCACCGUGCGCCCGGAGCGCGCCCGGGCCAUGCGCCGCCUGGGGCUCCAGCUGCUCGCGCUGUGUCUGCAAGUGGCCGCCCCCAGGCCCCCCCUGCCCCAUGUGGAGCAGUACGAGGUGGUGUGGCCCCGACGUCUGCCAGCGCCCCGAGCCCGCCGAGCCCUGCCCUCCCACCUGGCUCAGGACCUGUACCCAGAGAGUGUGAGCUACGUCCUUGGGGCCCAAGAGCACACCUUCACCCUGCACUUGCGGAAGAACAGGGACCUGGUGGGCUCGGGCUACACUGAGACCUACAGGGCUGCCAACGGCUCCCAGGUGGUGGAGCAGGUACAAGGGCAGGAUCACUGCUUCUACCAGGGCCACGUGGAGGGCCAGCAGGACUCCGCCGCCAGCCUCAGCACCUGUGCGGGCCUCAGGGGCUUCUUCCGGGCUGGCUCCACCGUGCACCUCAUCGAGCCGCUGGAGGGGGGCGGUGAAGAGGGGCAGCACGCGCUGUACCGAGCGGAGCACCUGCUGCGGAAGGCCGGGACCUGCGGGGUCAGCGACAGCAGCCUGGAGAAGGCCUUGGGGCCUCGGGUGUCGGCGGCCUUCCGGCCCCGGAACCGGCCACUGGCCCGAGACACCCAAUACGUGGAGCUGUAUGUGGUGGUGGACAGCACAGAGUUCCAGAAGCUGGGGAGCAGGGCCGCCGUGCGCAGCCGGGUGCUGGAGGUCGUGAACCACGUGGACAAGCUCUACCAGGAGCUCGAUUUCCGGGUCUUCCUGGUGGGCCUGCAGAUCUGGAACCAUGGGGACGAGAUUCACGUGAGCCCCAACCCCGACACCACCCUGGAGAACUUCCUCCGGUGGCGGGUGGAGAACCUGGUGGGGCGGCACCAGCACGACAACGCACAGCUCAUCACGGGGGUCGACUUCACCGGGACCACCGUGGGACUGGCCAAGGUGUCGGCCAUGUGCUCCCGGGAGUCGGGGGCUGUGAACCAGGACCACAGCCUCGGGAACCCGGUCGGCGUGGCGUCCACCAUGGCCCACGAGAUGGGCCACAACCUGGGCAUGGACCACGACGACAACAUUCAAGGCUGCUACUGCCCGGUGCCCCAGGAGGGCGGCGGCUGUGUCAUGGCGGCCAGCAUCGGCACCGAGUUCCCUAAGAUGUUCAGCCACUGCAGCCGCACGGACCUGGAGGUUUUCAUGGAGAAGCCGCGGACGGCCUGCCUGGCCAACGCCCCGGACCCCGACCGGCUGGUGGGCGACCCCGUGUGUGGGAACCGGUUUCUGGAGCGUGGGGAGCAGUGCGACUGCGGCCCGCCCCAGGCCUGUCAGAACCCCUGCUGCAACGCCACCACCUGCCGGCUGGCUGCGGGGGCCGAGUGUGCGCAGGGCGCCUGCUGCCGCGAGUGCAGGGUGACCCCUGCCGGUGAGCUGUGCCGCCCCCCAAAGGAUGCGUGUGACCUUGAGGAGUACUGUGAUGGCCAGCAGCCAGCGUGCCCGGAGGACGCCUUCCAGGAGAACGGCACGCCCUGCCCAGGAGGCUACUGCUACAAUGGGGUCUGCCCCUCGCUGGCCCAGAGGUGCCAGGACUUGUGGGGGACAGGCUCCCGGGUUGCCAUUGAGACAUGCUACGCCCACAGCCUCUCUCCAGGCUGCCAGGGCAGUUUCCUUCUUGGCUCCAGCAGAGUCAACAAGUGUGGCGUCCUUUACUGUGAGGGAGGACAGAAGCCUCUGGAACGGAGUGCCUGCGCCCUCACCUUCCCCACGGGCACCUGCCAGGCUCUCGUCCUGGAGGGAGGUGCUCGGUAUGAGCCCGUGCCUGAGGGCACCCGGUGCGGCGAGGACAGGAUUUGCUGGAAAGGACUCUGCCAGCACCUGCAAGUUUACAGAUCCAGGAACUGCUCCGCCCAGUGCAACAACCAUGGGGUGUGCAACCACAAGGACGAGUGCCACUGCCACCCGGGCUGGGCGCCCCCCUACUGCACAGAGCUGCUGCCGCACAGGCACACAGGGUCCAGGGACCUCCUGGUGGGCGUGCUGAUGUUCGUGCUGCUGCUGGCUCUGGCGCUCCUGGUGGCCAUGCUCCUCUACCGGAAGGGCUGGAUCCCCACCUGUAGGAGGAGCGCAGCGCCCGCGACUGCCAAGGGGCUGUCCAACCCCUGUUCCACGAGGGGCAAGGCGUGCCGGCCAAGGGUGGGGCUCCGGGCCCCACCAUCCACCCCUGCCAGCCCGCCAGGCCCAUGGCCUCCGCGGCGACCCCUAAGCAGCCACCCUUCGCUCCUUCAGCCACCUUGUGCAACCCCGCCUUCACGGUUCCUGUGUACACCCGGCCGCCCCCACAGCAGCCCAGGCCUGCUCCUCCUGCCGCGCCCCUCCCUGAGCUGAAGCCCAAGCAGGUUGUCAAGGCGACCUUACCACCCCCGGUGCCCCCGGUCAAGCCCGGGACUGGAGCUGCCAAUCCUGGUGCCUCACAGGGCGGGGGUCCUCCCAAGGUGGCUCUGAAGCCCCGGGUGCAGAGGAGGUGACGGGCCUGAGCGGGAGCUGCUGCUGCGUCUGCUGAAGGGGCCUCGCCCGGCCUGGGCCCCCGCCCCGCCCCCGGACAGGUCAGCCCGGAGAAGUGCUGACGGAAGAGCCGAGGCGGCGGCCGCGUCUCUGCUGCACCCCUACCCGGGACCCCGGCCGCGCCCCUGCUGCACCCCUACUCGGGACCCGGCCCUCCCUCCAGGGGCACCUGCGGCCAGGCUGAAACUGCGUUGAAAAAUAUUUUCUGAUUAAGUUAUUGAUCAAGUUCUAAGUAAUGGGAAAUUGUUAUUAAAUCGAUGGAAGAGGGAUCCCUGGGUGGCGCAGCGGUUUGGCGCCUGCCUUUGGCCCAGGGCGCGAUCCUGGAGACCCGGGAUCGAAUCCCACGUCGGGCUCCCGGUGCAUGGAGCCUGCUUCUCCCUCUGCCUGUGUC